GUUCAACAUAAGCUUUAAUCUUAGGCCUGCAGAUGCAAGCUCACUAGUGCCUCGUGGUCUCUAAUUUUCCAUCCAGUGUGAUCCAGGUUAAAAAAGAAAGAAUAUAAUAAAAUCGUAGAAGACAGAAUUCAGAAACUAAAUGCCUUCUAGUUAUAGGAGGUGCUUGGUUUGUGGUUAAUGAGUCCGGUUAACGGAAAUCGGAAGCUCAACCCCAUGUAUUGGUGUUCAGAUUAGUAAUUUAGAUUAGUAAUUUUGUGACGUGGAAUGAGAACUUCAGUCCCACUUGGAGGGUAAAUCAUUACUCCCGUUGGAUACCCCUCAUUUACUCUUCAUUUUCAUUCCCGAUUCCGCUCACGAUCCAAAGUUUGGUGACUUGAUGUUUCAGUCAUCUGACAACUAAAGUUAGAAGAACUAUUACAGCAUUUAGAUUAUAUUACAUUGACAGUCCAUAUCAAAAAAUUAUUGUUAUUCAUAUGAACAAGAAGGGUAACAAUGUAAUAUUUAUUGCAACAUUGGUCUAUCAUUUCAUCUUCCAUAUGGUUGAUCCCUGUCUGCAAGCCCUUUCACAAUCUUCUGAUCAUGGCAAAGGGGAGUGAUACUGGGUAUGAGAGGGUGCAUUAUUUGGAUUUACAAGGAUUUAUUGCCAUCACUUUAUGACAAUGGUAUUGCAGAAAAGAUGUCUCGAGAACUUUGCAAAUGCCCUGGAACGCGCUGCCUGAUCUCUUCGAAAGCACACAGGGUUUCUGAAUCUAGACCUCCUGAGAACUGCAGAUAUACAAUGCAUGAGUAUCAUGAUCCUCGUUCCAACGAUCUCAGUCAGCAAAAUUAGAAACAUGUGAUCAACAGAUUAUCUGCUGUUAGGGAACAGCAAGUAGGUCUGUUCAUGUGCUGUUUCUUGAUAAUUUCAAGUUUUGUAGGGAAACGAAUAUGACGAAGACUGUUAAGUUUAGCGGAUCUCCUAAAAUCUUAAGAUGUUAGGAUAGACGAGGUGACUGCUAUGCGUAUAAUAUUGUCAUGCUUAAAGUGCUAAUACACAAGUGCCGUAUUGGUAAGUCUGACAGUGUCCUAGAAUAGGAGUGUUAAUACUUGUAUCUGUUUCGUGUCAUGAAAUUUAACAUUGGAUAGUUGAGUUGUUGUCUCCUCCAAAGCCACCUUUGUCGAAAACAAGAACUCAACACAGCUCACCAAGACCAUGGAGUUGACUUCCUCAACAAACAAAACACAAGAAUUGGAUGCACCCCUUCACACCAUCGGCUUCGAGAUUGACGAAUUGUCGCCGGAAAAAGUCACUGGCCGGAUGCCGGUGACCCCCAAAUGUUGCCAGCCGUUUAAGGUGUUACAUGGCGGGGUGUCAGCGUUGAUAUCAGAAUCAUUGGCAAGUAUUGGGGCCCACUUGGCAUCUGGGCUCCAAAGGGUGGCUGGAAUUCAUCUGAGUAUCAACCAUCUCCGGCGGGCUGAUCUUGGGGAGCUUGUCUUUGCUGAGGCCACCCCUGUUUCCGUCGGCAGAACAAUUCAGGUAUGGGAGGUGAAACUCUGGAAGUUGGAUGAUCCCUCGGCCUCUGAGAGCAAGUCGUUCGUAGCAAUAUCACGUGUUACUCUUGUAACGAACUUGCCUGUGCCAGAGCAUGCCAAAGAUGUUGCUAAAACUAUACUCAAGUAUGCAAAACUUUAAGUCUCUCCACCAAACGUAGAUUUAUGCAUUUACGAGUCUCUCCACCAUAUGAUGUAGUUUAUACCAAGUGUAUAUGUCUCUUUUCAAUAAUAUACAUCUGUUUAAUUC